CUGCGCUUGAGGAGGCGACAGCUGCUGGGUGAUGGGCCUGACUCUGAGCUUCAGCAGCCAUCAUCAUCUCCCGGGACGGUGGUGGAAGCCACCAACACGGAAACUACUAUCAAAGAGAAGCCUCUUCCCAGACUAAACCCCCACUCUGCCUUCUGGAUCCUGGCCUCCAUCGCCACGACCUACUACGCUGAAUUUUUUAAGAAUGUGAAAGAGAUGAUUCUUCAAGAAAACUGGUGGUUUAUGCUUGGCAGCUUUUUACUGAUGAUCAGCCUCUCUGUGGCCUUUUAUUGCAUCUUCUAUCUUGAGUGGUAUCGGGGCAUUAAGGACUACGAUGCCCACUACCCGGCCCUGAUUCCAGUCACCACGGCCAGUUUUAUCGCGGCCGCCGUGUGUUUUAACAUUUCCUUAUGGCCUGUGUGGUCUUUCGUCACUCCUCUUGUGCUCUUCGUCCAGUUCAUGGGGGCUGUGAUGCUGGUGUCGCUCUUGGGCUGAAAAAAAA